CACUAUCCACCCACCGCCUUUCCACCGCAGCUGACGCCUGUCGCUUCCUCGCACCCAUUGGCACUACCAUGCGCCGCUAGAACAGAGAGCCCGCCGUCCAAAAAAAUGCUACAAUGGGGGCCCGCGACCACGACGAAUCUCUCGGCCUCUUGGCCCACGAUGCAGCACAAGCCGACGACGUAGCAACGCAUCCAAGUCCUCACAGCGGCCUCGGCAUCCUCGACGCCCCCACCAGCGCCUCGCCCGACCACCUCAUCGACAGCGGCGACAACGACGACCCCGAUCCCUUCUUCGCCGUCGCGACAGCCCCUGCGCCGCUGUCCUCCCUACCGCCCAUCCAGACCGACUCUUCCACUACUACUCCUACCACCACAACCCGCAAGACGUCAUCAGGCUGGCGUGCUCCUCCGCCCCCCAGACCCAACAACCCCCGCCGCCAGUCCUCCUUCGCUCAACCCCGCCCCGAUGGCACCCCGCGCACCCCCAACCGCGUCACCUUCUCCGAGCAAGCCGAGCUGAUACCGCUGGAGACGCGGGAGAACGGCGGCAGCGGCGGCGGCGGCGGCGGCGGCGGAGGCGGGGCGAACGGCGGCGGGAGCGGGGGAAGCGGCAGCGGCAGCGCGGCAGCAGCAGCAGCAGCAGCAGCAGCAGCACAUCCGUACGCGGCGCGGACGGAGCGGCUGAUGUACUCUGACGACGACGAUGACGACGGCGUUGACGCCUGGGGUGACGAGGAGGGCGGCGCUGCUGCUGGUGCUGGUGGCCGGAGAGGCUUGCUGGGUCGCGCGCGACAUGGCAGGCAGGGCAGCGGCGAGCAGCGCCUCCCGCUGCUGACGGAUAUCGAGGCGCCGUCUGUGACGGUGGCCGCGGGGGACGAGGGGUUCGCGCCGGAGGAGCUGCUGGAGAGCGCGCGCCCCAAGAGCGGCAUGGGCUCUGCGUUUAUGAAUAUGGCUAAUAGUAUCAUUGGCGCUGGCAUCAUCGGCCAGCCUUACGCGCUCAAGCAGGCCGGCCUGCUAACCGGCAUCGUUUUGCUUUGCCUCCUCACGCUCAUCGUCGACUGGACCAUCCGCCUCCUCGUCAUCAACUCGAAACUCAGCGGCACCGACUCGUUCCAGGCUACCGUGCAGCACUGCUUCGGCAAGUCGGGCCUCAUCGCUAUCAGUCUCGCGCAGUGGGCAUUUGCGUUUGGCGGCAUGGUAGCCUUCUGCAUCAUCGUGGGCGACACGAUCCCGCAGGUGCUUGAAGCGCUGUUCCCGGCGCUGCCGAACAUGCAUUUCUUCUGGCUGCUGACGGACCGGCGCGCCGUGAUUGUUAUCUUCAUCCUGGGCGUUUCGUACCCGCUUUCUUUGUAUAGAGACAUUGCCAAGCUGGCCAAAGCAAGCACCCUCGCCCUCAUCAGCAUGAUCAUUAUUAUCGUCGCUGUCAUCACGCAGGGCUGGCGCGUGCCGUCCGAUAUGCGCGGCGCGAUCCAGGGCAGCCUCAUCAUCAACGACGGCGUCUUCCAAGCCAUCGGCGUCAUCUCUUUCGCAUUCGUCUGCCACCACAACUCGCUCCUCAUCUACGGCUCCCUCCGCAAACCGACCCUCGACCGCUUCGCACGCGUCACGCACUACAGCACCGGCAUAAGCAUGGCGGCGUGCCUCGUAAUGGCGCUGUCCGGGUACCUCACCUUCGGCGCGCUCACACAAGGCAACGUGCUCAACAACUUCCCGCGCUCCAACGCCAUCGUAAACAUCGCGCGGCUCGGCUUCGGGCUGAACAUGCUCACCACCCUUCCUUUGGAGGCGUUCGUCUGCCGCGAGGUCAUCGAGACGUACUAUUUCGCGAACGAGCCGUGGGACUCGGGGCGGCACAUGGUGUUUACGACAGCGUUGGUAGCCGGGGCCACGGCGCUGAGUCUGGUGACGUGUGACUUAGGGGCCGUGUUUGAGCUGAUUGGCGCGACGAGCGCGGCCGUGCUCGCGUAUAUCCUGCCGCCGUUGUGUUUUUUGAAACUCAGUAAGAAGCAGGGGGGCCGCAGGGAGAGGUGGGCCGCCAGGGCGUGUGUGGGCUUUGGCUGUGCGGUGCUGGGCGUUAGUUUGGUGCAGGCGGUUUUGAAGAUUUGGCGGAAUGAGGGGGGCGGCGCGACUUGUGGGUAGGGUGG